AGCAGCGAUUGCUAGAAAACACACACACACACAGAGAGAGAGAGAGAGAGAGAGAGAGAGAGAGAGAGAGAGAGAGAGAAUUGGGAGAAGGGAAGAGAGGAAGAUGUUUGCAGCAGAGAAUGGGUUGAAGGGAGACCCAAGACUUGAGGCGAUUUCUGAUGCAAUUAGAGUGAUACCCCAUUUCCCAAAACCAGGUAUAAUGUUCCAAGAUAUAACCCCUUUGUUUCUCAACCACAAAGUUUUCAAAGAUACAGUCGACAUUUUUGUCGAGAGAUACAGAGACAUGGCCAUUUCUGUUGUUGCAGGAAUUGAAGCAAGAGGGUUUAUGUUUGCUCCUUGUAUUGCCUUGGCUAUUGGUGCCAAGUUUGUUCCACUGCGCAAACGUGGAAAAUUGCCCGGUAAAGUAAUAUCAGAGGCGUAUGAGCUGGAAUAUGGUAAGGACUGCCUAGAGAUGCAUGUUGGUGCUGUGCAACAAGGGGAGAAGGCAGUGGUGAUUGAUGAUCUUGUUGCUACUGGUGGGACCAUUUCUGCAGCUAUCAAGCUGUUAGAAUGCGCGGGGGCUGAAGUGGUGGAAUGUGCUUGUGUUAUCGGAGUGCCUGAGCUCAUUAAGGCAGAGAACAGGCUAAAUGGAAAGGCACUUUACAUGCUUGUGGAGCCAAAUGAAGUACAAGGCUACUGCCGAUCGUGAUCAGAUAGAAGAGGCUUCAACCACACUUUUUCAAGGUUCUAUAGAAGAUUGCAGUUUUGGGCAUGUUUCUGAAAAUUUUCUGGGGAUGUGAAAAUAUGACAUAUCAAAUUGCACUUUUCUUGAUUUAUUCUGUUCUAACAUUUGAAAGUUUAUUAGAGUUUAGUUGGCUACCA